UCCAGCUACUUAUUGCAGAAAUAUGGUACAGUUUUGACAUUUGGGUGAUUCAUGCAGAAAAGGGGAGAAUGACUUCGACACAUUGGGAAGAUUUCUAUGCAAAUCACCUACCACCCACCGAUUUUGAAGACAAUCGCUCACUUCUGAAGGAAUUCUGUGAGCGGCACAAUAAACUCAAGAAUAACAUCGUUCUAGUCACGUCGGGAGGAACAACUGUACCACUAGAGCACAAUACUGUAAGAUUUGUGGAUAACUUCAGUGCUGGCACAAGAGGAUCAGCAUCAGCUGAAUAUUUCCUCGAUCAUGGAUAUGCUGUGAUCUUUAUGCACCGAGUUAAAUCCCUUGAGCCUUUCUCGAGGCACUUUACUGGUCAGCAGUUUCUAGAUAUGCUGGAUUUGCAUGAAAAUGGACCAAGUACAACAAUAACAGUUAAGCCUGAUUCAGUAGAUGUACUUGCCCCAAUUUUGGCCAAAUACAAGUCAGCCCAGGAUAGUCGGCGCAUCCUAUACGUGAGCUUUACCACCGUAGUGGACUACAUGUGGCUCCUGCGAGCUGCAUGUGAAAAUCUAGCUGCCUUUGAGCAACGAGCCCUCUUCUACCUGGCCGCUGCUGUCUCAGACUUUUAUGUACCUUCAGACAUGAUGCCAACCCACAAGAUGACCUCAGGAGAGGCCCCAACGAUCUCCCUGCAGCUAGUACCAAAAAUGCUUGCACCACUGGUGAGUCUAUGGGUACCCCAUGCCUUUGUCGUAUCAUUCAAAUUGGAAACGGACGAGAACCUCCUGAUAGCCAAAUCUCGCGAGAGUCUCACCAAGUACAAACACAGACUUGUCAUUGCAAACAUUCUACAAACUCGCAAACACAGGGUGGUCUUUGUGACCCCAGAGACAUCUUACGAGGUGCAUCUGACACGUGAACAAGCUCUGUCUGGCUUGGAAAUAGAAGAACCCAUUGUGGCAGAUAUUGUGUGCAAACAUGAGGAAUAUAUUGAACAGCAAGUAUCAAAUCAAUGACCAACACGUCAACGAAAACAUAUCUCCAGUGAUUGUUCGGUAGCAAUGCCGCAUUUUUGUCACAUUGUUAAUUCCGGUGUUCCCCGCAGGCACUAAAGGGUUAACAUGUUUUUUUUCAGUGAAGGAUUUGAGGGGCAAAUACUUAAAACAGACAAAAGAAAAUGUAGAAAACCAAUAAGUUUUUGUGGUGCUAGGAUUUUUUAAAAAGAAAUUUUUAGUUGCUUUUGUAAUCAAAAAUAUAAACCAGCAGCUGGUUGUUCUUGUUGGCAUACCUUCAGAUGAGUGUAAUUUUUUUCUAAUCCCCAACAAUUUUAGAAAAUGGAUAAUUUUAGGCCACGCCCCCUUCAGAAAUUUAAGCCAAUUAAAAUUGGUACGUUUGGCAUUUUUUAAAGUAAUAAUGAAACACUGAAAUACCACCGAAGCGAAUCAGAAUGAUCCGUAAAGUUCCCGCUCAUUGAGAAAAUAGGCCACGCCCCUACUAGGACUUGUGAGAAAAACAUGGACAAACUUAAUUGAAUUUUAUCGUAUACUUGAAUUUUACAACGUUUACAAGAAUUCAAAUAAUUUUAGCAGUACAGUUUAAAAAAAAUGGACUUUGAGUAGGAACAUGCAAUCAAGUAGGCGGGGCUUCAGAAGAGGCGUGGCAUAAACUUUUUUUUUUAAUUUUCCCCGUAUCUUUCACCACGAAAGUUUCUUGUGACUUUUUAGAUGUUAUUCCUCCUAAUCACGCCUAUUGUAAUCCUACGAUUUUCUCAAAGUACUCAGACCGAGCUGAAAUUCACAAGGUAUAUGUUUUGAACAUCCCUGAUGCCGAAAAUGAGAAGCCAGCAAUUUCAGGUCCGGUUGGCCGUCCGGCAGUCCGUAGUGCACGAAAUUUUUCGCGAAUUUUCGGGGAACGCAAAUUUUUAAGCGGAUUUUCGGGUGUCGAGAAUUUUUACGCGAAUUUUUGCGGAUUUUCGCGGGUCGCGAUUUUUUCGCGAAUUUGUUGUCGAUUUUCGCAGGUCGCGCAUUCAUUCCUUCGCGAAUUUUCGUUUGGCACGAAUUUUGACGCAAAUUUCCGCGGGGCGUGAAUUUUUUCGCGGAUUCUCGCGGGGCGCAAAUUUGUACGCGGAUUACCAAUGGAUACGAAUUUUUACGCGGAUUUCCAUGGGGCGCCAAUUUUUUCGCGAGCCUGAAUAAUUUUGCGAAUUUUCGGGGGACAAAUUUUUAAGCGGAUUUUCGGAUGGCGAGAAUUUUUACGCGGAUUUUCGCGGGUGGUGAAUUUUUCGCGGAUUUUCGCGGGGCACACAUUUUUUUCGCGGAGUUCCACAAGACGCGAAUAUUUUCGCGGAUUUUCGCGGCAUGCAAAUUUUGCGCGGAUUUCAGCGGGGCAUGAAUUUUUUCGCGGAUUUUCACGGGAUACGAUUUUUUCGCGGAUUUUUACAGGAUGCGAUUUUUUUCGCGGAUUUCCGCGGUGCGCGAAUGUUUACGCGGCUUUCCGCAAGUCGCAAUAUUUUCAUGGAUUUUCACGGGACGCGAAUUUUUUCGCGGGGCGUGAAUUUUCACGCGGAUUUUCGCGGACCGAGGAAUUUUUCACGGAUUUUGUCGGAUUUUCCGAGAAAAGCGAGUUUAAAGUUUGUCAGAUACUUAUUUACAUUUCUCAUCCAAAUUUAUUUAUUUUCAAGUAAAAUUUUCCACAUCUUAAGCCUAAAUUUCUUCAUUAACAAGUGUUUUUCCUGAGCCUAAAGGAGACUCUAAUGUGAUGUAAAGUUUGAGGCUCCUAUCUCUAAUAGUUUCCGAGAAAAACGACUUUAUAGAUUUUCAGACCCUUUUAUGCAUUUCUCAUCCAAUUUUCCUCAUUAAUAACGAUAAUAAGUUACAUGCAGUUUGUUAAUUAUUAAACGAAAUUUGUAUUAUUUAUGUAAAAAUAUCGUUCGAGUUUGCCACAAUCCAAAUUUGCAAUGAAGGAAUCGCACCUCUAUAAGCAGAUCUAAGCUUAUCACUGGCUUUACGUCUAUUAGAUAUAAAAUGAAUUUAAGUUAUAGUAACCAAAUUUGAAAAGGCGUGGCCUAAUUAUAUACGGACGAGGCAGCUAUAGCUCCUCCCACAGUCGAGUUGGCAUGCAUAUCUUUCACCAGAGUGCCACAUUAUCCUUUUUUUUAAGCACUAAUAUGCAAAAAAGCUUACACCUUCAAAUUACAGUAAUCCUGAAAGACGCGUGGCCUAAAGUUUGAGUUGGAACUUAUUCAGAAAGCCCACAAAAAAUCUGUAAAAUAGGCGGUUGAAAAAGAAUCUACAUUCAUCUGAAGGGAUUCCUUCUUGUGUUUUAGGGAUUCCAGAACUGAUAGAGUUGUUGAUUUGUUAAUCAAACUUAUGACGAAACCUAUCCUAUUUUUUGUAAGAAAUAAAAACUUUUGUAAAAGGUU